AUGGCCGAUCUACUGACAGGAUACAUUCACUCGGCCGCCUUUGACAUAGGCAGGUUGCCCGUCAGCGAUAUUCAUACUCUGCAUUAUGAACAGUAUGGCAAACAGGAUGGGAAGCCAAUCCUUUACCUCCACGGCGGACCCGGCGGACACACCUCAUACAGCAACACGAAAUUCUUCAACCCAGCCAUAUACCGCGUGGUGCUGUUCGACCAACGUGGCGCCGGGAAAUCAACACCCUCCGCCGAAAUACGGGAGAAUACAAGUCAGGACCUAGUCUCCGACAUUGAAGUGCUACGUAAACACCUUCAAAUCACGAAAUGGCACCUCGUCUUUGGUGGCUCGUGGGGUUCAACCCUGUCCCUGCUCUAUGCCCAAGCCUACCCGGAAAUGGUAGGCUCCCUGAUACUACGGGGAAUCUUCACUGUCAGGAAACUUGAACUAGAGUUCUCCCGUGGGUCUAUUGGCGCAGCAAACAUCUUCCCUGAAGCCUACGAAGCAUUUGUCAAUUUUCUCCCCGAAAAGGAUCGGGCGAGACCGAACGAGGCGUACUAUGAUCUGCUUGUUUCGCAUGAGUACGAGACAAGGCUCGCCGCGGCGAGGGCGUGGAACCGAUGGGAUCUGAGUAUUGGCACUUUGAGACCGGACCCUGAGGGUUUCGCUCAACUCGAAGAUGAUGCGUGGGUGCUUGCUCAUGCUCGGCUUGAGGCACAUUACUUUGCGAAUGGGGGAUUUCUGGAGGAGGGUCAGAUUCUCAAAGAGGAGAAUUUGAAUAGGAUUAGUCAUAUUCCGACCACUAUUAUCCAGGGCCGCUAUGAUGUUGUUUGCGCACCGCAGACAGCUUGGGAUCUACACAAGGGCUUGUCACACUCUCGAUUAUUUUGGACUCCUGAUGCCGGUCAUAGUGCUACUGAACCUGGUACACAGGCCAAACUGCUUGAAGUCUGUGACGAGUACGCUGAGCUUGAUUUCACUCACUGA